CACAGUCAGCAUGCUGCGUCUUGCCCCCAUCCUGCUGGCGUUGGGUGCCGCUCUCGCCCAGCCUCUAGAUAAAAUUCUGGAGGGCGACCUGACGGCGCUAAUGCAGGGAGCCCUCGCGCCCUACGACCCCUCGACCGUUUCCGCCGUCACCAACCUCAACAUAGUCACAGACCACGGCAGUUUCCUGUUCAACGCCACCAACGUCGAGGUCGCUGGCUUUGGGUUGGUCGAGGUCACCAGCUUUGUUCCUCCGGUUCCGUUUCUCUCGAAACACGUCUCCAUGAGCCUGAGAGUCCCUCUCCUGGAGGCGCUGACGCAGGACUACUCGCUGACCGGAGACCAUAACGGAACUCCUACCGAGGCGGCGGGGACUGGCAA